UACCUUGCAGUGUUUCAAAGGUGUCUUCUGCUUACUUGCAUGUGUUCUGCACAACCACCUAAUCUUGAUUUGUCAUUGCUUCUCUAAUGGUCAAACGUUUUCUAGUUUUGGUGCUGCAAAACAUGUCCUUUAUCUUAGAGGAACCAGUCUGACUUCCCUGUGUUGAUCAUGUUGAAAACUAUUCUUCUAACCUCAAUUUCUGGUUCUAUAGGACUGAAAUAUGCCAGUAGCUGAGAAUUGACUUAGGAAUUUGGAGGGGGGGAAGUGUGGUUUGUUAUGUAAUAAAGACACUAAAACCUGGCUAGUUGGAGCUUCUGAACCUGAAGAUCUGUAAAACUGCUUUAUGUCUAAAUAAACAUUCUUAAAAUGUUUUGUCACCAGAUGAAGUAAACAUUGCAUUGAAAACAACACCACCCCCUGAAACUGUGGUCUGCUCUGAUAAGAGAAAGUUGGGUUUGGGGUGGAGUGGUUGAGGUUUUUUUUUCCCCUUCCUAGUUUCUGAUUACAGCUAAACCUAUUACAGCAAGGCAAUGAAUACUAAUGAGUUGUACUUUCUACUUUAACCUGUUUGGUUUUCUUUUUUCCCUUAAAUCCAUUAUGUAAGAACUUGUUUGUCUUGCAAAACUGAUCGCUUGGACUGCACAAAACCUUGAACUGAAAACUGUGAUGAUGGAACACACAUGUCAGUGUGAUACAAGUGGAGAAAAAAACCCAGAUCCUUGAAUGAGGUGGAGCUCUGUGCCAGUAGUUGCCUGGCCAAAGACAUUCCGUUUGAGCAAAGCUGUUCUCUGGAGCCUGUUGCUGUCUCCUGUGGUCCCCUUUGGUGUCCUUUGCCAGGCACUUUUGAUGGUUCCUGUCCAAGGUUUCUGUAGCACCUCCUGGCAGGGGCCCAAGGAGGUGCUUGUCCUUUUCCCUGUUAACACUGUAGCUGCGCCCCACAGUGACCCAGGUGGCUUCUGGCACUGUUGCAGAGGUGGCUCUUCUGCAGCUCUGCUGAUAUCCCUUGAGUUUGCUACCUUUUCAGCUGGAGAGGCCUAGUUCCUUGCAAUUUUGGUGUCAGGAGUUUUUGGGCAUGGAGGCCACACUGGUUUCGGUUUUUGUGGGGUUUUUUUUGGUUUUGUUUUUGGGGGUUUUUGUUUUGUUUUUUUGGUUUGUGUUUUUUUUUUCUUAGCUUGCGCAUCCUUAUUUGGAGGGAGGACUUCCGGGAAACUCCUGCAGAAAGGGAGCAGUUCUGAGCAGCAGAACAUGUCAGCUUAAGGUGGGAAAUAUGAGUCAGGUGAUUUAUUCUCUUUUGUUUCCUGAGAGAGAAAUAUGUUUAUGGGCACUUAAAAGGGAUUCAGAAUUUUUCACAUGGGAUAGCUUCAGAAAGGAUUUGUGGUAUUGAGCUGCAGUCCCACAGCCUGUCAGUACAAUGUGCUGUAACACUGCCUUCUGCAAUGUCAGCAAGGAAAAAAGUGAUCAAAAGAACUGUCAGCCAAGGAGCAAUUACACUACUUACCACCAGUUCAUCAGAGUUUUAUCUUUGAACAGCUAAGGAUGCCAGACAAAUUAAUCUACUGCAUAAUACUGUUCCACUUGAAUUCAUAAAAUGCAUGGGAGAAGGGGGGAAAGACCCUGAUUUUUCUGGUCUAUGACUUUAAACAUACUCAUGACUUCGGUACUGUAGAUAUGACUCUUCUGCAUAGCAAACUGGUUACUCAUAGCUACAGUGUUGUAGAUAUGACUCUUCUGCAUACCAAGGGCAUUUUAGACAAGCACUAAAGCUAAGAGGUUUGGCACUGACUAAAAGAUUAGUGAAAUACUGACCAUCAGUAACAACCCUCAUUCUCCAUGAUGGGAUAUUAUCAUGGUUCCAAUAUAAUAAAAAAGAGCUGUGUAUGGGCUGAUUUCUGUUUUAGCAGAUCAGUAUUGCAAAGUGAGUAUACUUGGCCAAGCUGAACUCUAAAUAUAGACUGAGAGGGGCAGUCUCUUUCACAGCUAUCUUUAUGGGUACUGCGACUAUGGGACUACAAGUAGAGAGACGAACUGCAGAACAAGUUUUCUUCACAUGAUUUUCACUGGCUGAUUUCUUCCAUACUGGCACAUUACCUGAAUGUGAUUAUGUUGGCUCCAUAAAGAUUCUGUUGGCUGAGGCUGUGCAUGUGGGGAGACAGCAGAGCCAGCCCUGGUGGGGAUGUGGCUCUCAGACUGUGCUGCCUGGUGCCGUGUCAUGCUCUAGAGGAAGGACAGUGGGCACAGCCAUCUGUCCUGAAGUUACUGCUGCAUGCCUAAAGAUCAUAUACUAGAGACAAUGGAGAGGAGUUCCUUGGAAUUUAAGCUGCCUGAUACUCAUGAAGAAGGAAAACUUUAUGUAGUUGAUUCCCUAAACAACCUAAACAAGUUAAAUGUUUGUCCAGCUGAAUCCCAGCGCUCACUAGAUGAGGAAGACAACACUGGUGGUACUGGAGAAAGUAUGGCAGGGAGCCACGCAAGCAACCAGCGUUUGUUCCUCGUCACCUUUGUUCUUACUUUGACCGUCAGUUUGGCGCUUGUUUCAUUUGUAAUAUUCUUAAUAUUUCAAACUAGAAAUGAGGUGGACCAAAUAUCAAGCAGACUACUAUCUGAAAAGAAGAACAUAGAAGAGCUGAAGAAACUUAACAAUAUUAUAUUAAAGCAUCUGAAUCAAUCCAGAAUUAAGGAAAAGCCUUCUGAUCUUCAUGCUUACUUCUUUACCCAUGCUGAGCUCAAAGUCCCUGGAGAAUAAAUCUUCUUUGGAAAGAAAUUCAGCAUAUUCAUAACUCAGACAUGUUCACAUAUGGCACACAGGCUGCUGAAACAUGGUUGCUGAAACAUUGCUGGAAAAGCCAGCUGAAUGGAAAAUAUUAGCAAUUAAUAUUUUACCCUGUUUUACGUGGGCAUAGGUUUGUAAUACCAAGCCCAUAGGAUUCACAAUAAACAAUGGAUUGUCAGCUUGGGGCAAAACUUCCAGAUUCCCUGUGCAUUAUAAAUAACAGGGGUAAGGGCCUAGUUUUGCUUUGAAAGUAAGUCAAUGAUCACAGAAAAUCACGAAUUCUAUUCACAUGAUUCCAGCAUGACCUUGUUCACUUAAUCAUUCUUCUGUUACCUUUGUGCGAGCUUUCUGUUUGUUUCUAUUGCUAUUUGUAUUUAAAGAUAACUUCGGAUUUCGUAACUUAUAAAUGAAUCCAUUUCUGGCCUAUAGUUUUGUGGUUUUCCCUUCUGUGCAUCUAAAUAUACUGAUAUACUACUCUUUUUGUGAAAAAACCACCCAAACUUGAAUAACGACAAACCCUUUCAUAAGAUGCCAUAGUCAGCCCAAAUUUGUAUUGACAGAGUGAGUGUCCUAUUGGCUGACAUGGAAAAUGUGUUUAGAGGACUCAGUGUGGUAAAGUCACAGCAUCAUCACAGCCACUCUAUCUCAGAGCAAUGCCAAUACACUGUACUCACAAUCUGCAGGUGAAGCCCAAGUGUUUUAAUGAAGUGAUGUGGGGAAAACACUACUUGUUUUUGUACUCUUCCCUGUAGUUUCUGCUGGUCACCAUCAGAGAAGGGCCAGAUGAAAUACGGUUGGAACCUUCAUGGUUUUAAUGUUGAGAGAUUAGGGGAUAAAAGGAGCCACCCUCUCUGAAUUCACACUGUUGUGGAGACAGACACCUAAAAUUGUGAUCACAUAAGGGACUGCUGGGUACCUUUGUAAUUUUUUUAGUAUUCAAAACCUUCUACUGAAAUAUACAUCAAGAAGGCACCUCCAUAAUCAAGGAAUAAAUUGGUUAUUCUCAUCAUGACAGUGGAAUGGCAGCUGACACUGUGGAAUGUGUCUAACAUCUUUUGUUUUACCUAAAGUUCUCAUUCUCAUCCAAUUCUUUCUAAUUUCUUCUGGACAGUUUAAAAAAAAAAAACUCACCAAACUCAAUAGCUAGCAUUGCAGUCUUCUUUUCCAGAAUUCAUGAUAAUCCUUUCUGGGAUGACUACUCCAUUGUCUGCAACAAAGGGAAGAACUAAGUCCAGGAGAAUUUCUUGGUGUCACUCUACCUGAAUUUGCCCACCAAUUCUAUUCCUGUUAUUAUGAAUGCUUUCCUUUACACAUAUGUUUUAUAUCACCUUCUUACUAUUUCCUGAUUUUUAUUUUCCUGAUGUAUUACUGUCAAGUUAUUCACAUGCAAAUGGUGAAGAUUGGUUUCAAGAGUUCAUUAUUCCUGCUGUUACUUCCCAGCUGCAAUUUUAGUUAUCUCCUCUGGACAUCACAAGUAGUUUUUACAAAGGUGACUCUAAUACAGCUAUCAGAGAAUGAAAAUAUAAGUGUAGAAAACUGGUAAGGAAAGGAACCCUGAAAGUCUAACCCAAACAUCUUUCUGUAAAUGCUAUUAAAUGAUAUAAGAAAAGGUAUCUUAAGAAUAAAAUCAUGACAUUUGCAGUGUUGCUUCUCAGUUCUUUUUCUGAGCUGCCACCUGCUUUUUAGUGACAGUGUUAAUUUCUCAUCUCUUACCAUUGUAGCUGCUGUAACUGCUCUCAAGCUCCUGCCUUGCACUGACACGCAUCCACACUUGUGAGUCAGGGAGAAGCACUAGUAUUUGGCACUCAGUGUAUCUCAAAUGUAGAUUUGUCACAUCCCUCAUUACAACAGCAGUUAUCAGAGCUGUCUGUGGUCCACUAAAACUGAUACCAAGAGCCAUUAGAUUUUUUUUUCUGGCAGGAAACUGUAAAAGAAAAGUGUCCUAGAGCAGCAGUCCCCAAAGGAAUGAGAGUUUCCUCAUCUCUCUAGUGUUGUCCUCAAUUAUUCUUAGUCUGGUUGUUUAAUCAGUACUCAUAAUAAAUCCACUUUAUCUGUCCCUGCUAUUGGUUAGAAGUAGUGUUUUUUCAUUCCAUGGUUUCAUCCUGCAAGAUGGUGGUGAGUGAUCUCAACUGCCCCACACCAGCUGAGUCAUAGGAAUGUACAAGUGUGCUCAGUAUUGUACAGGACUGAGCCUCAAAUGAUCCUUUUCAUAUUUAAUUGCUUCUUCACUUGCAGUGGUCAGUAAUUAAGAUCAGUGACUGAAGAGGUGCAAAGGUCAGAUGCUGAUCCUACUAGUGCUGUUAAAACACAGCUAAUGUUGGGAGAAACUUGCAGACACAGAGGGUGUGGGGUAGCAGUGAUUAAGGCUGCCUUUGGCUUCUCAGCUCAAGUUAAUAAUAUUUAACAAUAUCCAUUUACUGUCAGAACUGCUUCUAUAUGCUGUCAGAGCAAGGGCUGAGAGCAGAGUACCACAAUCCCUCCACCAACACUUUCUGGAGGACCCCCUACAAUCUCCUUUAGGGGAAUUUUUCUGUCUAAUCUACUGACAGUUGAGUAGUCCCAAGCAAACCAACACUUGACU